UGAAUACAGGUAGGGACUUAGCACACAUCCCUGUGGUAUGCCAGUCCUGAUUUUUAAGGAAUUAGAUGUUACACGUCCAAUCCUCACUGUUUGUGUCCGAUCUAUCAGAAAGAAUGUUUGAAGCUUUCUUAUUCCAAGAACUUAGGCUGGGUUCAGACUUAUGCCUUCAAAUCACAUUUGAAGAACAUUCCUUCCUUCCAAGAAUUCAGGGCGCUGUAGCUUGCUAAGGGUUUCCUCAGGUUUGUGACUCUGUGAGAGGUGAAGGGAAUAAUUUGAGGCAGAUUGUCCGGGAUUUCUCAGUCAGGGACAUGCAAGCCAUGAUUAAUGGGACGAGAGGAAUUAAAUGAGAAAUGAAAUUAGGAAGUGGAGAAAGAUUGCCAGCCUUGCCUCUUUUCCCGUGAAAAAGGCAUUGGCCUCAAGGACACUUUUUUCAAGCCCUCCCUCUGUUUCUCCUCCACCUCACCACUUCUUGCUCUUUAUGUGUCACAGAGCUGCCCCCAAAAAACCAGUUUCCAAAAAUAAGCACAAAAGAGAAAGCGAGGACCACAAGCCAGUAUGAGGACUGUUUCAUCCUGUGUGAUGCUGUGCAAAAUAGCUGCGCCUCCAUCCGGUGUGAUGCUGUGUGUAUUGUGCUUGAUAACUGUAAAUGAGCAUUUGUGUUUUUCAAAGAUCUUUUGUCAUCCCCCAUUGACUUUAAAAAGCCCCAGCUUCCCUAUGUUCCCUAUGGUAGGUGCUAACGUGCUCAGCAUUUUAUCAGUUACCCAAUUUCUCUCAGCUUCCACAUCUGCAUUUGAGAGUGGCCAUGACAGCUUCUGCAGAGCAGCUCAGUGCUGCAAGGCAUGCUGGGAACUCUUCUUGAGGCCACCCUGGUGGUCAGCCCCGUUUGACACCAAAGGCGCACCCAGAAUGCUCAGCAACGCCACUGUGUUUCUUCUCAGUGUGUUUGGAAAGAAGAUUAUUGUUGCAGAUGCAUCAGCUCUGUGUUGCUGCUACAGUCGCUUCUUCUAAACUCAGACUUUGAAGCAUGGAGCAAAUUGGCCAUCUCUUUGUCCUCCUGGCCUCAUUUUUGGCUCUUUCCUGGAUGACGGCCCUUGCAGAUACUGUGGCUUCACGUCCAUCAGGCCCUUGGCUGUCUCUCUUACCUCCACACAAGACUUUUGCUCAAGGAGAACUGGCUUCAUUGAUAUGCUCCCUGCCAGAAGGACAGAGGGCAACGGGGUUCUAUUUCUAUGAAAAGAGAGGAGGUGUACCAGUCAUGUAUGGACAACAGGCGGAAAAUAUCUUGGAGGUUUCCACAGAAUACCUGGAAACAAACAAAACAUUUCUCUGUGCUUACCUGGGGGGAAAGAGUUCAGGAGGACUCUUCCUGUCUUCGCUGAGUAACGAGGUUGUGCUGUCCAUCACUGAGCACCCUCAUCCCCCAGUCUUAACUGUUUCGCCCGAAAAGGAUAGCUACAGAAGAGAGGAGUCCAUAAAACUUAGAUGUUCAGUUUAUGAAAGCCGCGAUGUAUCAAAGAUCCAGUUUUUCAAGGACAAGAGGCAACUGCAACUCAUCAAUGUCCCCUCCUCUCUGAACACCUUCACACACACACAACUGCUUCUUCCUCAAGAUGGUGGAGAUUACUCCUGCAAGUACCACAUUGUGGUAUCAGGGCGAGAGUUCCCAUCCAGAGAGAGCAACUCCAUCAGGAUUUUGGUAUUGGAUGAACCACUUUCCACAAUGCCUACCUUUUCCACCCCUGACCAGGCUGUUCUGAGUUUUGCCGCCACCACCAGGCCACCUAGAAAGUCAACACUGGCAACUUCAUCAACCAGCUCUUCUCGCUACAUCGCCAGAACACUCUCAACACACACAAAGCUCCUUGCAUCAAGCACCUCCUGGUCCAGCUCUUCGCAGUUGAGUCUGCAUUAUAGCACCUCAACCAGCAGCACCAAUGCUCAGGAGAGCAGGAAAUCCUCCUCCUGCUGUGAUCCCAAAUCAACCACAGACCAAAAGAAGGACAAUUCAUUAAAAGGUUCAUAUCCUUUUCUUCAGGCCAUUAGAUGUGGCACCGGCGGAUGUCUCCUCCUCCUGGUGUUUGUUGUCUGUAUUUAUAGGAAGAAGCACAAAGGUAUUUGGCAAGGCAGGGGAAGCUGAGCCUGGGGAGGUGGACAUCCCAGGAGGAAUGCAGAUGUGGGUGGAAGUAACCCCUGGUGGAAUCAUCACAGCCAGAAUUAUCACUAACUGCUUAUGCACAGCAUGCCUUCUUCAUUUUUUUUUAUUUUGACAAAAUAAUAAUCAUAAAUAAAUAAGAAUGAAAAUGUGCACCCCACCACCGAGAUAAUUCCACUGAAACUAUCCAACCUUCCAAAAUUUCAACACCUCUUGCGAUGGUUUGAACCCUUUCCGUUUUAACAGUACAAAUUCUACAAACACCCUCCAUAUCUCCUCAAAAUCA